CCUUUUGCAGUAUGGUCGCAACCGGGAGUGUUCGUCCCUCCCACAGACGACUAUGACUACGACUAUGAGUACGAGGAGACCGCCAAUGCCUCAGAUGUGACUGGACUCAACGACACCAACAGCAGCCUCAAGGUGAUACGGCUGCUGCGGAACCAGACCAAGAGCUCGGGGGAGAACGUGCGUCUCAAGUGCGAGUUCACGGGCGACCCUCCGCCGACGCGCUUCAAGUGGUACAAGAACGAGGCGCCGGUGAUCGAGGAGAAGGGACGCGUCAACAUCAGGAAGUACAAAUUGAAAGCUGACGGCGUUCUUAUCUACGGGACGAAACUGACCAUCAAGGACCUGGAGAUACACGACAAGGGCUUCUACAAGUGCGAGGCGAGCAAUGGCGAGGAAAAGGUCGACUCUACGGGCAUACUUAUCGUCAAGCUGGCAAUGUGGCGGCGUGUAGAAGAGUCCGAGAGCGAGGCCUUCAUCCCACUAUUGGAGGACUUGGGCGUACACUUCCAGAACCUGCCAGGAGGAAAGUUACCCGACGGAGUGUCUGGUGUGCCUGGCGUAGUCAACAUUAAUGUUCCCAAUGGAGGGCAUCCCAGUGGCUUACCCGAGUCAGGGACGGACAACAAGAAUGUUCAGGGAUAUUGCCAAGUUUAUAGAGGAGCCACCUGCAGCGGCUUCAUUGGCAACCAUUCCAUAUACAUCUACUCUCCGCGACACUUGGCUGACAUGGAGAAACGCCUUACCACUGCAAUCACAGUCAUCAGUCACUCAAAUGACCUGUCAGCCAAGUGUGAAGACUAUGCCAUCAAAUCACUCUGCUAUGCCGCUCUUCCUCUUUGUGACGAAAAUGCACCAGACCCACAACCUAGGCAGCUGUGUAGGGAGGAGUGUGAGAUCCUGGUGAACGAUGUGUGCAGGAUGGAGUAUGUCAUCGCCAAGCAGCAUCAGCUCAUUGGCAGGCAGCUUCCCAUCCCAGAGUGUGACGACCUCUCACCAAUCAUCUCCCCAGAGCACAUGUCCUGCAUCCGCCUGGGGGUGCAAAUUGAGCCAUUAGUCGAAGAUGAGAAAUGCUAUGUAAGAAAUGGCGAGUCCUACCGUGGGGCGGAGAGUCGCACAGUGUCUGGGAGGGUGUGUGAGCCAUGGAGCGAGAAUCAGCUCUACAUGCGCACAGCAGACUAUCCAGAACUUAUUGGCGGACAUAACUUCUGUCGGAACCCUGGCGGCUCUGAAGUCCAACCAUGGUGCUUUGUGACAACCGAACACUCUGUCUCCAAGGAGGCGUGUGUUGUUCCUAUGUGCAGUGAUAAUACAGUGAUGUACAUCCUGAUUGCUUCUAUCCUUGGAGCCCUCAUCCUGGUGUCUGUCGUCGUUUAUGUAUGUUUGAAACGAAGGACAAAGUUCCCCAAGCAGCCAUCACCCAAGGCCAAAACUGUGGAGCUGAAUGCCCUGCUGCCCAAACAACAGCAACUUAGGGCCAGAGAAUUCCCUUUGGCUAACGUUCGUUUCAUGCAAGAGCUUGGUGAAGGCGCUUUUGGAAAAGUCUACAAAGGUGAGCUUCAAGGUGUAAGUCCUGAUGGUAGCUCAGUGCUGGUGGCUAUCAAGACCCUUAAGGAGAAUGCCACCGCAAAAACCCGGCAGGACUUCCACCGAGAAGUUGAACUGAUGACGGACCUGAGACACCCUAACAUUGUGUGCCUGCUGGGCGUGGUCAUGAAGGAGGAGCCCAUGUGCAUGCUGUUUGAACACAUGUCACAGGGUGAUUUGCAUGAGUUUUUGAUUGCUCAUUCACCGAGGUCAGAUGUGUCGGCGUGCAGUGACGAUGGCAUGUCUCAGGUGGUGCUGGAGCAGCCAGACAUGCUGGCCAUCGCUACUCAGAUAGCUGCAGGUAUGGAGUACUUGGCCAGCCACCAUUAUGUGCAUCGUGACCUUGCCUCCCGGAACUGCCUGGUGGGGGAGAACCUGACGGUGAAGAUAUCAGACUUUGGGCUCUCACGGGAUAUCUACUCUUCAGAUUACUACAGAGUCCAGAGCAAGAGCCUUCUCCCGGUGCGAUGGAUGCCCCCCGAGUCCAUCCUGUAUGGGAAGUUCACGACAGAGUCGGACGUGUGGAGCUUUGGGGUGGUGCUGUGGGAAAUAUUUAGUUUUGGCUUGCAGCCAUAUUAUGGUUAUAAUAACCAGGAGGUGAUAGACAUGAUUCGAUCACGACACCUUCUGCCGUGCCCCGAGGACUGUCCUCCUCGUAUAUACGCCCUCAUGGUGGAGUGCUGGCAUGAAACACCUAACAGGAGACCAACCUUCAGGGAGAUUCAUGGUCGCUUGAGGUCAUGGCAGGGUUUAGAUAAUGGGGGCCUGGCUGGCACCUUGAGUGGAAGUGUUUCAGGCCACUCAGGCUCUCAGCACUCCAGCACUGGCCCCUCCAACAACACUGGCUCCACAAACCUCUCCUCCAACACUCAUCCUCCACACCUCCACCGUGCAUACCACCCUGGGGCCCACUACCCUCCUCCUGGUCCCCCCCACUCCCCGGCCUACUCAGCACCAUAUCAGCCAGCUCCCCCACCAGGGAUGAUCCCAGGGCUGUACCCGCGUCUCAAUGCGCCCGUAGGACACCAGCAGCCGGUGUACUUGGCGCAACGAAGCAACGUGCUGGGCGGUUCUCCCGUCACGGUCAGAGUCGCUCAGCCACAAGCAGUUAACGUAGGAACUGAAACGCAGCUCGCCAAUCUCUGAAAGAAUUUUUCUUUGGAAGUUGAAUUAUGGUCCAAAGAAAUCUGUGAGUAAAUAAAUGUGAAUCUCAGCAAAUUUUUUGGUGUUGAAUUUAUUGUUGAGAAUCAUACAGUGCACUUGUUUCUUCAACAUAUAAGUGCUUCACUAAAGCAAAUGACAUUGACUCCUUAAGAAACUGCAAUAAAAUAAUUUCCUGUGUGUUUCAUAGAGUUAGAUACUUACAUGUAUAUCUAUAAACUUAAUACCAUGAUACAUAUAUAUCUGAACACAGGUGUCUGUUUAGUCCAUACAGUGGAAAAGUGUUUGCAUGAAGAAAUUGACAAUGAAUAUGAGAAAGAAAAAUCUUAACCUGAGAUUUGUAAGAAAUUUUGCAGUAUACACUAUUUCUGUCUGUGAGGAACUUUAAACAUAUUUGAAACAAAGUUGUGUUUUGCGCAAGGUAGCUUGAUCUUAUCUUAUACAAGAAUCAAACACGGCUUCAGAGUAAUGUGGCUUUAUGCAUAUAUUUCAGCCUUGAAAAUUGUUUCCCUUGGAUAAAGUGCAACUAAUCAGGAAGAAACGAAAUGUUAAAGGUGGACUGUAAAGAUGCAUUUACAACAUUUCUUGAUCCAGUUGGUGUACUGUAUGAGUCAAUUAUGUAAUACAAUUUGGAAGUCUUGAAGAGGUCACUGAUGAUAUUUUUGUGUAUUUACGCAAACGUGAAGAGCUUUAUGAGAUGAAAUAUUUUUUAUGCUAUGCUGCAAUGCACUUAUGCUUUAUAUUUUACUGUCAUAAAAUUAACUAAGUCAAGAAUUUUGCUAAUAUGCAGUAAGCUUUGAUGUGAUACUUUACUCUCUCUCUCUCUAAUUUCCUUUCCAAACAAAGUAGUUUACUUUUAUGCCUGGUCAAGUAAUAGCCAGCAUGGAUAUCUACAGUUUGUAUUAGUAUGUAAUCUCAACAUUGACCUCUUAGCACAACUGCAUAUAUUUUAUGAAAUGCUUCUGAGCAAGAGUUAUUGUAAAAUAGUCAUGGAAUUACUGGUCAGCUAACUGCAGCAGAAUGUGUUAGGUGUUUAUUUGUCAUAAGCAAGUACAUGUGAAUCAUUCUUGACAUGUCAGACCAGGAAGGUGGUUCCAUAUUAUUCCCACAAGAUCACAGUGUACAUUGGCAGUAUCAUAUUAGUAGUGAGAAAUAUUUUCAAAUGGUUUUCCUUAAAGCUGUUUGAAAAAGAAAGAAUCUCAUAAUCACCCACUACCUUGCAUUUUAUCAUGGGAGAUUCUUCAUUAGAAUAAAAAAUAUUUGUAAAUUAUGGAAAGGGAGAUAUGAAAUGUAAAAUCAGUCAUGUGUGUCAUCUGACUGGUCUUAAGAAUUUUAUCAAGAUAUUAAGAAAAUGUAAAUAGGUCUGUAGAUUAUACUAUUUAUAAUCAUAACAAAUCCUUUUUAAGAUUACCACAACUGAGUCUUUUUGUACAUGCAAGCAAGUGGUAAAGAUACAGGA